AUGAGGCUAUCGCCCUACACCGCACUGCUUAUCUUCCUACUGGUGUCUCUGAAUGCUGAACUGCAAGCGACUCCAGCAGGCUCGAAGUGCAGGACGGGACCUCUGGACCUGGUAUUCGUGAUCGAUAGCUCCCGUAGUGUUCGCCCCUUUGAGUUUGAGACGAUGCGUCGCUUUCUGGUGAAUAUCAUUCGGGGUCUCGACAUUGGACCCAAUGCCACCCGCGUUGGCGUGAUUCAGUAUUCGAGCCAGGUGCAGAGCGUCUUCCCGCUGGGAGCCUUCUCCCGAAGAGAGGACAUGGAACGUGCCAUCCAUGCCAUCGUCCCUUUGGCGCAGGGCACCAUGACGGGCCUGGCCAUCCAGUAUGCCAUGAAUGUAGCCUUCAGCGUUGCCGAGGGUGCUCGCCCUUCGCAGGCCCGAGUGCCUCGUGUAGCUGUUAUAGUGACUGAUGGAAGGCCCCAGGAUCGGGUGGCCGAAGUGGCUGCCCAAGCGAGAAAUCGGGGUAUAGAGAUCUACGCAGUGGGCGUGCAGCGAGCUGAUGUGGGCUCCCUUCGAGCCAUGGCAUCGCCUCCUCUGGAUGAGCAUGUUUUCCUAGUCGAGUCCUUCGACCUCAUACAACAAUUCGGCUUCCAUUUUCAAGGCCGAUUGUGCGGAGUGGACUUGUGCGCAGACGGAACUCACGGCUGCCAGCACCUGUGCGUCAGCACGCCGGGCUCCUUCCACUGUGCCUGCAACCCGGGCUACCGUCUGGCCCCAGAUAACAAGAGCUGCUCCGCAAUUGAUCACUGUGCGGAAGGAACCCACGGCUGUGAGCACCUCUGUAUCAGAUCCGACGGCUCGUACACCUGUGGUUGCCGAAAGGGGUAUGCCCUCCACCGAGAUAAGAGGCGCUGCACGGUGAUUGAUCACUGCCGCUUCGGAAAUCACAGCUGCCAGCAUGAGUGUGUCAGCUUCCCGGAGGGGCCCCGCUGCCGUUGCCGCCAAGGCUUUGACCUGCAGCAGGAUGGCAGGAGCUGUCAGGCCCGAGAUUAUUGCAAUGGUGUGGACCACGGUUGUGAGUUUCAGUGCUUGAGUUCUGGCAGCUCCUACCGCUGCAUUUGCCCUGAGGGCCGGCAGCUUCAGGCUGAUGGGAAGAGCUGUGACAGGUGCCGGGCAGGCCAUGUGGAUCUGGUUCUGGUAAUCGAUGGCUCCAAGAGCGUCAGACCACAGAACUUCGAGCUGGUGAAGCGUUUCGUGAACCAGAUAGUGGACUUCUUGGACGUGUCUCCAGAGGGGACACGCGUGGGCCUGGUGCAAUAUUCGAGCCGAGUGCGCACAGAGUUUCCUCUGGGCCGCUACGGAACUGCGGAGGAGGUGAAGCAGGCAGUCCUGGCAGUCGAAUACAUGGAGAAGGGCACCAUGACUGGGUUGGCGCUGCGCCACCUGGUGGAGCACAGUUUCUCCGAGGCGCAGGGGGCUCGGCCAAGAGCCCAGAAUGUGCCACGCGUUGGCCUGGUCUUUACCGACGGCCGUUCCCAAGAUGACAUCUCAGCGUGGGCGGCUCGGGCCAAGGAGGAAGGCAUCGUCAUGUACGCGGUUGGGGUAGGCAAGGCGGUGGAGGAGGAGCUGAGGGAGAUCGCGUCGGAUCCUGCAGAGCAACACGUCUCCUACUCCCCUGACUUCAGCACUAUGACGCACAUGCUGGAGAACUUGAAAGUCAACAUUUGUCCUGAGGAGGGGAAAGGGGCGACUGAAUUGCGGAGUCCGUGCGACUGCGAUAGUCUUGUGGAGUUUCAAGGCAGUGCUCUGACAGCGCUGGGAAAUUUGGAACAGAAACUGGCCCAGCUGACCGCUCGAUUGGAAGACCUGGAGAAUCAGUUGGCCAAUCAGAAGUGA